AUGCCUUUCAUCGUGGACAGCGUGAAGCGCGACCUAACUGCUGUCGUCGAAUGGGGUAGGCAAAAGAUGCAGGAGGGGGACUACGAGAAAGCCACCCAGCACUUCUGCAUGGCCUUAGACUUACGACCUGGCUUUCUCCAGGCCUUAGUCUCCAGGGGCUUUUGCUACUUGGCCCUGGGAGAGGAGGAGCGAGCCCAAAGAGACUUCGCUGAUGUCGUCCAGAAGGACGCUGGCUUCAACCGCAACAUCUACGUGUUGAUGUCCCUCUCCUUGAAACGCACGGGCGACCUUCAUGGCGCCAUCCGCUAUUUGAAUCGCUGUUUGAGCCUUUUCCCAAAUUUCAAGCCCGCUCUGCUCGCCCGUGGUGAGCUCUGCCUGAAGGUACAAGAUUUCGAGAGAGCUCGUUCAGACUUCCGCCAAGUUCUUCAAGAUGAGCCAGUGCACCUGGUUGCGCGCCGGGGCUUAGCCGAUUCGCUACGUGGCCUCGGAAACUUCUUGGAGGCCCUUCGCCAAUACAGCCGGGGCAUCAGCGACACCUCACAGGCUAUGGAGCAUCAGCUGGAACAACAAGAUCAGGGUCCAGAACAAGAAGAGCCCGAAGAGGAGAAGUUGCAGCCGGAAGCCAGAGAUGGCUCCGAGAACGACAACGGCAUCUCCGCGCUUCCGGAGACGGAGCUGCCGCAGGACAGCCCUUCGAAGCACUCCAACGAAGACAGCCCGCAUAGGCUGCAGAUAAGCCUGACAGAUCUUGGGGGCCACUUUGUUGUUAUGACUGUCACCCCGCCAGGCAAGGUGACGAGAGAGCUGAAGCAGCUGAGGCGGAGCCUAGAGAGCUGA